AUGCUGGUCAAGUCCAAGGAGGCGCAAGAUCACAUUCAGCACUUGGCUGAAAUGUUUGACAUACUUAGGAAGUAUCGAAUGAAGCUGAAUCCCCAGAAAUGCGUAUUUGGAGUUGAGUCUGGUAAAUUCUUGGGGUUCAUGAUAGCCGGGAAGACGUUCGUAUGGACAAAUGAGUGUGAGGAGGCCUUCCAAAAGAUAAAGGAACAGUUGGGAAAGCCACCUCUCUUGGCCAAGCCAAUAGAAGGAGAAACAUUGAUCUUAUACCUAGCUGUUUCAGGAUACUCCGUUAGUGCUGUCCUGGUAAAGGAGGAAAAGGGUGUUCAGUUCCCGGUGUACUAUGUUAGCAAGAGGUUGCAGGAUGCUGAGACAAGAUACACCAACAUGGAAAAGUUGGUAUAUUCUUUGGUGUUGGCAGCAAGGAAACUUCGUCCAUAUUUUCAGGCACAUAGGAUUGAGGUGCGAACUUCUUAUCCUCUCCGUCAAAUUAUGCAUAAGCCAGAAGCCACGGGAAGAUUGAUGAAGUGGGCUGUAGAGCUAGGACAGUUCGAUUUGGAGUAUAAGCCUAGGGCUACUAUCAAGGGUCAAGCUCUGGCUGAUUUCUUGUUGGACUUUGAAGAUGACACUCAAGAAUGGGCAAUGGUGCCGUAUAGUCCAGUCGUUGAACCCAUUAAUGGUCUUUUAGUGGAAGAUGACACAUGGUGGAACUUGCAUGUCGAUGGAGCCGUCAAUUCUGACGGAGCUGGAGUUGGGAUAAUGCUGGUUAGUCCCGGGGGAUGUCGGUUGUUAAGUGCCAUCCACCUAGGAUUCCCUGCAACCAACAAUGAUGCAGAAUAUGAAGCUUUAAUCAAUGGUUUAACCUUAGCCAUAGAGAUGAAGGCUAAGAAUCUUAUUGUAUACAGUGAUUCUAUGUUGGUGGUUCAUCAGGUAAAUGGGGGGUUCUUGGCUCGGGGUUGGAGAACGAACUUAUACAUGACCCAUACACAAGAAUUGAUGAAGAAGUUUAGAGAGAUACAUUUGGAAAAGGUCCCGCGGGAGAAAAAUGAGGGUGCUGAUGCAUUGGCUAAGGCCAGUUCUAGAAGGGACACCAAGUUAUUGGGAACUAUCGAAUUCUGUGUUCAGGAGAAGCCAAGUGUGUCAGAAGCACAGAAGGUUACUCGGUUCAAAGAAGAUCUAAUGGAAGUAGAGGAUGAAGUUGUGGAUACUUGGAUGACCCCUAUACUUAAAUUCAUCCAAGAUGGUCAGCUCCCGGAAAGUGUAAAGGAAGCCAGAAGUCUCAGAUACAAGGCGGCGAGGUUUGUAAUAUAUGAUGGUGUCUUGUACAAGAGAGGGUUCAACCAGCCGUUGCUGAAGUGCAUUGCUGGGGAAGAGUGCAAUUAUAUCUUAAGGGAAGUGCAUGAAGGAAUAUGCGGCAAUCACUCGGGGGGGUAG